AAUCGACUCCCGUCGCCGAGGAGGUCCAGCGCCGGGUUUUCCCAGCGGCCCUCCGUCGGUCCGUGUCUGGCAGCAGCAUGAAAGCGGUGGGAAACAGAAACGUUAUGGCUGCCGCUCUGACUCUCACUCAGCUUUCCAGUGGAAAUCCCAUAUAUGACAAAUACUAUCGACAGGUGGAUCCUACUGGCAGUGGGCGGGUGGUGGCAGCGGAUGCAGCUCUGUUCCUCAAGAGGUCUGGCUUGGCUGACCAGGUGCUGGGGAAGAUCUGGGAUUUGGCAGACUCUGAACGUAAAGGGGCUCUUAACAAGCAGCAAUUCUUCAUAGCAUUGCGGUUGGUGGCCUGUGCUCAAAAUGGCCUGGAGGUGGCGCUCAGGAGCCUUAAUGUGGCUGUUCCUCCCCCAAAAUUUAAUGAGACGAGCAGCCCGCAGUUAGCGGGAGUGGCGUCUGUUGACGCUCUCUGGGUUGUCAAGCCUGACGAGAAGAUAAAGUUUGACUCCAUCUUCGACAGCCUGGGUCCCGUAGGAGGGAUUCUAACCGGAGACAAGGUCAAGCCUGUUCUGCUCAACUCCAAGCUGCCAGUGGACGUCCUCGGCAGGGUGUGGGAGCUCAGUGACAUUGACAGAGACGGUAUGCUGGACAGAGAUGAAUUUUCUGUGGCCAUGUAUCUGGUGUACAGAGCCCUGGAGGGGGAGCAUGUUCCCAUGUCCCUACCCCCUCCCCUGGUUCCACCGUCCAAGAGGAAAAAACCCUCGCUGCCUCCCGCGAUGCCCCUGUUACCUUCGCCCCCCUCGGUCAAAGACAGCCGCUCCUCCCACGCCGGCUCUAAGAGUCUGCCCCACCCCCCUAAACCUGCCCCCGCCCCCGCUCCUGUCCCGACACCAGCAGCGGUCCCUGUGAGUACGGGACGCUCCUCGCCUCUGCAUGCAGUGCCUGAAAGCGCUUUUUGGGUGGUGUCGCCAGCAGACAAAACAAAGUAUGAUGAGCUAUUCGGCAAGACGGAUGGUGACAUGGACGGCCUCGUGUCUGGACCUGAAGUCAGAGACAUCUUCUUGAAAACCGGACUGCCGUCUGCCACACUUGCACGUAUCUGGGAGCUCUGUGACAUUGGAGACGUCGGGAAACUGACCCGAGAGCAGUUUGCACUGGCGCUUCAUCUGAUCAACCAGAGGCUGACUAAAGGCCUUGAACCUCCGCAGAGUCUCGCCCCAGAGAUGAUCCCACCGUCCGACAGACAGAGCGUCAAACAGAAGAACGCGGCACAACUGGCGGCCGACUUCUCAGCGAUCAAGGAGUUGGACUCUCUCAGUAACGAGAUUUUCGAACUACAAAAGGAGAAAAGCUCGGUGGAAGAGGAGAUCAAGGAGAAGGAGGAGGCCAUCAGACAGCGCAGCACCGAAGUGCAGGACUUGCAGGACGAGGUGGCGAAGGAGAGCGGGGAGCUGCAGCAGCUCCAAGCUCAGCGUCAAAAGGUCCAGGAUGCCUUAGAGGAGCUGGACCAACAAAAAGGCUCCCUGGAGGAGCAGCUGACCUUCAUCCGGCAGCAGACCAACCAAGAAACCCAUCUGAUUUCAUCGCUACAGUCGGAGCAUGAGGACCAGGAACAGAAGAUCAGUCAGUUUGAGGAGGAGCUGGUCCAGGCCCGAGAGGAGCUCCUCGCUCUGCAGGAGGAGAGCAGGAAGCUGCAGGAGAAGGUCCAGGCGGCUCAGGAGCAGCUCACGCCUCUGCAGGAGUCCGUCCGCGACUCCUUUACGCAGGUUGCGCAGGUUCAGCAGAAACUGAAUAACCUUCAGGUGGAAGAGAGGUCAGUCACUGCCCAGCUUAGCUGGAAAAGAGCCCUGGAGGACAGCUCUCCCGUCAUGGUCAACGGAUCCACCGGGUUCACUACAAAGCUGUGCCAGGCGGAUCCCUUCCAGCAGAACCUCUUCCAGGAGGACCAGCCUAAAGAGCUGAAAGAGGAGGAUCAAUUGGCUGUCUGCAAUCGGCAGAAAGAACAGUCUGAUCAAAAAGAGAAGGAAGACGUGAAGGAGAGAGAUGAUGAUGAUGAUGAUGAUGAUGAAGAUGAAGAAGAAGACGAGGACGAGAGUUCAAAGACUUUAGAGGAGAAGUUGAAAUAUGACCCCUUGGAUGAUCUCUAUACUAGUCUGGCCUUCCCUGAGGUGUACAAUAAUCGGUCGAACCUCGCCAAGCCGCAGGAGAACACGGCGAGGGAAGACCGUAGCCUUACACCCGAUGUCUCCCCGGAGCUCAUGAAUGAUGCAGAGGAAUUGCCUAAAGAGAUCUCACUAAAGGUUGCAUCGCUGGUGCCAGAGAGCCAACCAGAGCCGGCAGGGUCCCCGGAACCCCCCUCCAGCUCGUUACCACCUCAGGUUGGCGCUCGCUCUAUGCCGCCUCAGACCAGCCCCCCCUCUCUGCCUGACAUGGACUUCUUCCAUUCGGACCCCUUUACUGACCACGAUCCGUUCAAAGAUGAUCCAUUUGGGAAAGCGGAUGUUGCAGAUCCGUUUGGUGGAGAUCCGUUCAAAGGCUCUGACCCCUUCGCCGCAGACUCUUUCUUCCAGGCCCCCGGCGCCCCCUUUGCCUCGGCCGACCCCUUUACUGCCAGCUCGGCAGAUCCGUUUGGCCCCACUGCUGGUGUCCCCGAGCCGGACCUGUUUGCAACGAAGCCCAGUGGCGUAGCAGCUGCACCAACAGCCGGUCCAGAUACCUUCACCUCCAAACCCAUCGAUCCACCUUCAGCUCCCAGGGAUCCAUUCAGCUCCACGGGAAACACCAUGGCCACCUCGGAUCCGUUUGGUUCUCAGGACGGAGGAGCGGAUCCCUUCAGCGGCUCUCUGCCCUCCUCUGAUCUGGCUGUGAAGGACACUGCAGCAUCCAAUGACCCGUUUGCUCCGGGUGGUACGACAGUGAACGCCAGCUCUGAUCCAGAUCCGUUUGCGGCUGUGUUCGGUAACGAAUCUUUUGGAGGCUUUGCCGAUUUCAGUGCGCUGACGAAGUCAACUGGGGCCGACCAGUUCGCCGUCAACAAUAAGAACCUGUUUCAGGAAGACAGCCAGUCUGCCGGCCCUGACGUGCCCCCAGCCCUGCCCCCAAAAACGGGCACGCCAACCAGACCACCCCCUCCACCUCCAGGAAAAAGGACGUCCGUCUCCCGGACGGAGUCCUCUGAGUCCUUCCAGCGACGCGGGCCCUUCCUCCAGCAGCCCUCGGGAGACUUCUCUUCCUCCCUGCCCGCUAAGGAUCCUCUAGCUGACCCCUUCGCCCCUUCCUCCCCUCGUCACAGCGCACGGGAAGCUGACCGAUUUGCCAGCUUUGACAAACAGUAUCCAACAGAGGACGACAUGAUUGAGUGGGCGAAGCGCGAGAGCGAGCGGGAGGAGAAGGAGCGACUGGCCCGGCUCACCCAGCAGGAACAAGAGGACCUGGAGCUGGCAAUCGCUCUCAGCCAGUCUGAACUCUCCUGAGGACACCCCCCCUCCCCUCAUCCACUGACCUGGCUUGGCACGGCACAGCUCGGCCCGGCCCAGAAAGCACCAAAGCAAAGUGGGGACUGUACAGGACUGAUUCCACACCACCCGCUGACCCCCCCCUCCCCCCUCCCCAUGGAGAGACUCUCUUCGAACAAACCCAUCUUCUUCGCUCUCCCCAGACUGUGUUCCCCUUCCACUGGCAACGCAGCAUUGAUUUUGUUUUCAUCCCGUCGGAGGAGGGGAGGACCCGGAUGGGAGUGUUGAAAGAUGAAACGCAGCGACCGUGAAGCUAGAGGUCGCUGCGUUGAUUUCAACGUGUCACCUUAAAUCGGCAGAAUGUAAUUUAUUUAAUGCGCUCAAAACUUGAUUGAAAUGGCCUUGUCAAAAGUCCUGUCUUUAUUCCACUAACAGUUCUCACUACGCUUUCUGAAAACUCUGCUCACUCUACCCUCUGAAGUUAAAGUGAGAAUUUUGUGUGAUUUCUUUCAUUAGAAAUAGUCUUGCUCAUUUUAUUGAGCACAAAAAAGUCACCCUAAUUUUUUUUUUCUUCUGUAAGAAUGGAGGCUGAUAGUAAAAGUGUGUUUUUCAAGGUUGAGGUUUAGGUCUGUGUCUCAGAAUAGGUAUAAAGCUCCGUAUGAUGGCAGGAGGCCUUUGAGAUUAUCUUUAAAACUAUAACCGUAUUGGGACAUGGUGACGACACUUGUACUUGUUUAACUGGAAGUCACCAGUCCUGAAAUGUGCAUGUGCAGAUUUAUACAUUUUACAAAACCCUCAAAUACUUCCACAUUCAGCUUCCAAAUACUUUAAUUUCUUUUACAUUUCAUUAAUGUGCCGCUCUGCCCAGGAUCUCUGUCAAUUCAUUUUUGUUCUUCAUGCUAAAAGGAAUGAAACCGCAACUAUCUCAUGUAAUGAUUGCAUAUUAGUUGGCAUUACGUUUCAGGGUACACUAAGAGGGAUUUCACAAAAACUCCAAAUACUUAACAUCUGUUGAUUAGUAUGACACAUUUUUAAUGUCCAUUAAUGACACUAGCAGGCAAAUGAUAGCAACUGGGUUGUCUUAGAGGAACCGAUGUGUGGAACGUGCUCUGUAGUCGUACAUUAAACGAAUAGCAUUAAUAGCUUUGUUAAUCCUCACCGAUCAAGGCUUCAGCACUUUGUAAUGAAAGAUGUGAAUUGAAAAAGAUCAACUUCCUCAAAUACUCCAUUUCACAUUUUCACACCGGGUUACAUAUUGAAGUGAGCUGCUGCUUUUAUUGUUUAUGUGACUCUUAUAUUACUCCAUUACCAGAUGCUUCCUCUCAGAGAGACUGACUGCAAUAAACAAAGUCAGUAAAAGUAGAAGAGCAUCCCUGUGCUCUUCCCCCUUCUUUGCUGUGACAAUUUGGGGUUUUCUCCCCAGAAAAUGAGUUGCUCCACACAGGGUGCUAAAACUACAGAUGGGGGGGGGGGGCUUUUGUUUUAAACUUUUUCUUUGCUGACUUCUAACCAAAAUUCUCCCUGCUUCGUUUUGUUCUUGUUUGGCUUUGAGAAAAAAUUGAGCAUCCUCAUAGUUUCCUCUUGUGUUGAACUAGUUUACUGCUCGUGGUUAAAGCUGCACUUCCUUCUCAAAGUUCACGUUGAUUGUAAACUCGAGAGAACAGCAGUCGUCCUUCAUUCAUUCUACAGUUUAUUUCCACAAACUUCUUCUGCAAAUCAAGAACCACUUGUUUCCAGGAUUACCCUCAAAGGCUUUUUAACACUCAAGCUAAUUUGUAUUUUUUAUUUUCUAACAUGUAGCGAAAAAUAAAUCAUUAUUUAGGAGAAUA